AUGCUUGUAUUCCUUUGUGUAGUUGCAGUUUUGCUAGCAUGUUCCGAUGCUGCAAAAUUAUCAGAACAGCAGAGGAAAGAACGUCAAGUGAAGAGUUCCACUAACGCUUGGUUGCUGUUUACUGAUGAACAAACACACUACCUUCUGUAUCGUUCCAUAGAAAACGAUGCUGCGUAUGGAGGAUUCAGACAGUGUGUUACCAUGUUAUUGAGAGAAUGUUGGGACCCCAGUCUGGAGCUCUGGUACUACUUCUAUUAUCAAGGUAUAUAUACAAGUGAAGUGUCACCGGUGAAUCAUUUGUGGAUCACAAUGAAUUCACCUAGCGAACGCAGAGACUUGGUGGAAUUUAAGUAUCCUUAUUAUGCAACGCUCGUAUUUCUUCGGCUGCUUUUUACCGACUAUGAAACCUGCUUCGUCUUACAACAGGUCGAUAAUGGAGCUUUGCAGGUGUGGAUGAUUGAAUCGACGAAUACAACCAGGAUAAACGACACUUGCCAUUCUACAUACAACCAAACCUUGAAUAAGACUGGUAACCUUUCGGAAAUACCAAAAUAUUACAUCUACAAUGAAACAGUAUGCGGCAAAAAAAUAGAAAUGAUUCCUUAUUUUUGA